UUUCCCAGUUUAUUUGCUCCAUUCCUACCCACUGCAGCUUUAAUAUGUUUCGAUUAGGCUACUGGUUCAAACUGACAGAUUUGUGUGCUGAACGUUGUCAAACUGUUUUAAGCCUUUACAGUAAAGAAAGUGAUUCAACCAUUUCAUCCAUUUUAUCCUGAUCCAUUUAAAUCCUCUCUGUUGGGAUGCUUAUUUGAUUGGUAAAGCCUGUGUGAUGUUAUUGAGGGCAGGUGUUUCCUCCAGCAGAUGGAGCUCCAGCUCGUGUCAGAGCCGCACCGUGAGGAGCAGAGCCCGGCCCCUCCUGCACCGUGCUGCGGCCCCUCCUGCACCGUGCGGCGCGGUACGCACAGCCGUUGUUUUCGUCUCCUGGAUGAUGAGGUGCGUAAAAAGGCGCCAACGCACCGCACCGGGCUGAGGAGGGAGAGCUGAGGAGCAGACCAGACAAACAGCUCCUCUCUCCAACACAUCCACGCAGCGUGUCAGAGCCGGAGAGAGAGCAUGAAGACGGACAGAUGGAGGAGUAGAGACUGAGCUGCGGAGGAGACGAGGCGGCUGAGUGAAGCGGCAGCAUGGCGGGGGGCCGGAGGGGACUUGUGGCCCCUCAGAAUACUUUUUUGGAGAAUAUUGUCAGACGGUCGAACGUUUGGACACUGUCACAUAGACAGACAGAUACCAACUUUGUCUUGGGAAACGCUCAGAUAGUAGACUGGCCCAUCGUCUACAGCAACGAUGGUUUCUGCAAGUUGUCGGGGUACCACAGAGCAGAAGUGAUGCAGAAAAGCAGCACCUGCAGCUUCAUGUACGGGGAGCUCACGGACAAGGACACGACGGAAAAAGUGCGACUAACAUUCGAGAAUUAUGAGAUGAACUCAUUUGAAAUACUGAUGUACAGGAAGAACAGGACGCCUGUUUGGUUUUUUGUGAAGAUUGCUCCCAUUCGAAAUGAACAAGAGAAAGUGGUCCUGUUUCUCUGCACGUUCAGUGACAUCACAGCCUUUAAACAGCCCAUUGAAGACGAUUCUACCAAAGGAUGGGGAAAGUUUGCCCGACUGACUCGAGCUCUAACAAGCAGUAGAGGAGUCUUACAACAGCUGCAGCCCACAGUUCACAAAGGAGAGAAUGUCCACAAGCACUCCCGCCUGGCUGAGGUACUGCAGCUCGGCUCAGAUAUCUUACCUCAAUACAAACAGGAGACCCCCAAAACACCUCCCCACAUCAUCCUGCACUACUGCCUCUUCAAGACCACGUGGGACUGGGUCAUCCUCAUCCUCACCUUCUACACAGCCAUCAUGGUGCCCUACAACGUCUCCUUCAAGACCAAGCAGAACAACGUGACGUGGCUGGUGGUGGACAGCAUCGUGGACGUCAUCUUCCUGGUGGACAUCGUUUUAAACUUCCACACCACGUUCGUCGGACCCGCCGGCGAGGUCAUCUCAGACCCAAAGCUGAUCCGAAUGAACUACCUGAAGACCUGGUUUGUUAUCGACCUGCUGUCCUGCCUGCCGUACGACGUCAUCAACGCCUUCGAGAACGUAGAUGAGGGUAUCAGCAGUCUGUUCAGCUCACUUAAAGUGGUCCGGCUUCUCCGUCUGGGUCGGGUUGCCCGUAAACUGGAUCACUACAUUGAGUACGGGGCGGCUGUACUGGUCCUGCUGGUGUGUGUUUUUGGACUGGCUGCUCACUGGCUGGCCUGCAUUUGGUUCAGCAUCGGUGAUUACGAGGUUAUCGAUGAAGAAACCAACAUUGUGCGCAUGGACAGCUGGCUCUACAUCCUAGCUGAGACGGUGGGCACACCAUAUCGCUUCAACGCCAGCGGUUCAGGGAAGUGGGAGGGCGGGCCGAACAAAGACUCUGUCUACAUCACUUCGUUGUACUUUACCAUGACCAGCCUGACCAGCAUCGGCUUCGGCAACAUCGCCCCGACCACAGACGGAGAGAAAAUCUUUGCAGUAGCCAUGAUGAUGAUUGGAUCCCUUCUUUAUGCCACCAUCUUUGGUAAUGUGACAACAAUUUUCCAGCAGAUGUACGCCAACACAAAUCGUUACCAUGAGAUGAUUAACAGUGUCCGGGACUUCCUCAAGCUCUAUCAGGUGACCAAGGGCUUGAGUGAAAGAGUGAUGGACUACAUCGCCUCCACGUGGUCCAUGUCACGUGUAUAGACACUGAAAAAGGUGUUGCAGAUUUGUCCAAAGGACAUGAGAGCAGAUAUUUGUGUUCAUCUCAACCGGAAGGUAUUUAAAGAGCACCCGGCUUUCCGGCUUGCCAGCGAUGGGUGCCUCAGAGCGCUGGCCAUGGAGUUUCAGACCAUCCACUGUGCGCCUGGUGACCUGAUCUACCACGCUGGUGAGAGUGACAGCCUCUGUUUUGUGGUGUCGGGAUCACUGGAGGUCAUUCAGGAUGAUGAGGGUAAGGGAGAUGUAUUUGGGGAUGUCUUCUGGAAAGAAGUGACUCUCGCUCAAGCCUGCGCCAACGUCCGAGCUCUCACCUACUGCGACCUCCACGUCAUUAAACGUGACGCCCUACAGAAGGUGCUGGAGUUCUACACAGCGUUUUCCAACCACUUCUCAAGAAAUCUGCUGCUCACUUACAACCUGCGAAAGAGGAUCGUCUUCCGAAAGAUCAGUGAUGUGAAACGAGAGGAAGAGGAGCGACAGAGACGGAAAAAUGAAGCCCCUCUGAACUUACCACCGGACCACCCGGUACGAAAACUCUUCCAGCGCUUUCGUCAGCAGAAGGAAGCCCGCCUGGUGCCCGUGAAACCAGAACUAGAUGAUCAUGAUAUCGAGAAGGGCCCUGUGUACGUAGACAUCCCGAUAGCCAAAACAGCCAUCUUAACUACCAGCAUCGUCACGGUGACAGAAAGCCCAGCAACACCCUCAUCUUCAACACCCUCAUCUUCAACACCUUCAUCUUCAGCAACCCCCAACUGUACUCCCUCAGACAAGGCGAAGCUGCAGGUGCCGGCUUCCGUUUCUCUGGUAGGAGGCCGGGCUGCAGAACCAGUCAAAGUCAAAGGCUGGGGUCGCUUCAAGGAGUCCAUGGCCAAACCCGACAACUGGAACAAAGUGUCUAAAGCCGAAUCCAUGGAGACUUUACCUGAACGGACCAAGGCGCAUGACUCACAGAUGUCUCUAAAGAAGACAGACUCAUGUGACAGCGGUAUCACCAAAAGUGACUUGCGCCUGGACAACGUGGGUGAAUUCCGCCUGACGCCCCAGGACCGUAGUCCCGUCCAGCCUCCGGAGACCAGGCAUGCCUUCUACCCCAUCCCAGAGCAAACGCUUCAGGCCUCGCUCCAGGAGCUCAAGCUCGAGCUGAAGGACGAUCUCAAGAACCUGAACGUUCGAAUGUCCGGCCUGGAGGCGCAACUCACAGAAGCUCAACUCCUCAAAGCGAGGAGGUCGAGUGCCGACUCUCAGCAGGCUCUUUUUGACAUUUCUAGACCUGCUUCACCAGAACUGGACAAAGAGGGACAUCUUCUCCUGAAGGGUAGAAGGUUAGUUCAUCAGGUUAACUGUGAACUCAGCUGGAAUCCAGUAAUAUCCAGAUUACUUGGAUAG